CUGGUCACACUAUUUUGAUACCAACCCGUUGCUUAACAUUUGUUGCAAUUUUUUUUUUUAAUAAUUAAAACGUUAAAAUACACAUAUUUUGGAGCGUUAUACUCGUUUUAGGGAGACGUCAUCAUGGAGGCUGUGCCGCGUCUGCAUAUGCUUUGGUUUGCCCUUAAAUCCAGUCCCGAAGGAACAUCAUUUGCUGCACUUAAAAAGUAUAUAGCCGAAUUCUACCAUGAAGAUCCAGAGGCAUACUCCAAAGAAGUUCAUGCUUUGGAAAUCCUGCGCAACCAAGCUAUGCGUACCACCAAUGAUGGAGCAGCUAUUAUGAAGCGUUACUAUUGCCAACUCCAUGCCUUGCAGAAUCGGUUUCCCCAGCUGGCGGAACGCGGCAUAUUUAGUUUCACUUGGAAGGAUUUAUAUCACAAUACAGUGCAUGAGGUCAGCGAUAUGCGAUUCGAGCGGGCAGCCGUUCUUUUCAACAUAGCUGCUUCGCAUACCCAGGAGGGCGCCUCGGUAACGCGUGGCGAUGUGGAUGGAAUGAAAAUGGCAUGCACCCAUUUUCAAGCAGCCGCUUGGGCUUAUAACGAACUAAACGAACACUAUGCCAAUGUGAAUGAUGGAGGUGACUUUAUGACCCCCGAACUGUUGAUGUUUCAGCAACAAGUGUGCCUAGCGCAGGCUCAGGAAUGCAUUCUGGAAAAGUCACUGAUUGACAACCGCAAACCACAUGUGGUCGCCAAAGUUACAGCACAGAUCGUGGUAUAUUACGGGGCCGCUCUGGCAUCCUUGCUCACUGGCGGCGAUGAUGGGCCAGUGGGUCAGGUUAUCGAUAGAGCCGUAUACAAUUUGUGGAAAAAAUAUGUGCGAUUUAAAAUAAAUUAUUUAAAUUGCAUAUUAUUUCUAUACCAGGGCCAGCAUGCUGAGGAGCAGCGCAAGAUGGGCGAACGCGUUACACUUUAUCAGGCCUCUUGGGAUAAACUAGAAGAAGCGCGGAAAGGUUCAAAGGGUUUGCCCGAUCAAACAGAAAUUAAUGAAUCCCUCAGCUUUACCGCCGACGUAGUUGAGGCAAAACGAAAAAAUGCCAAGAACGAAAAUGAGUUUAUUUACCACGAAACAGUGCCAGAACUCGGCACCAUACCAGCUGUUCAGGGUGCAAAUUUGGUAAACGGAAUUGGUUUCUCGGUACUAGAUGAGGAAUUCGCUGACGCUGAUAUAUUUGCCCGAUUAGUGCCCAUGAAGGCCCACGAGGCCAGUUCAAUGUAUAGUGAGGAGAAGGCGAAACUGUUGCGCAAGUAUAGUGCUCUGUUGGAAGCAAAGGACCAGCAACUUGAUGGCUAUAUGAGCUCCCUAACUCUGGAUAAUCUCAACAUUAAUGAGGAGCAAGCCAAUAAGUUGCCUCAAGGCAUUGUGGAUCGUUGUGCUGCUUUGAAUGCCAAUAAAACGGCCAUCUCUGAUUUGGUUGAAGCUAUGUCGCAACUGGCUGAGAUUACUGCAGAAGUUGAGACGAAUCUAAAUGACUUGAAGCUGAUGCUCGAAGCAGAAGCUAAGGAAGAGAUCGAGUUUCAAAAUCUAAGUGGUGUUCAACGUACGCCUAAUGCCCAUAUCACUGAGUUGACUCGAGAGUUCCAGAAAUAUAACGAAGCUCAUACCCGGGCGGGAGAGUCCAACAAUACCCUGAGAAAAGCCAUGUCCCUACAUGUGAAUAAUUUGAAGAUUUUGGCCCGCCCGCUUCAGGAAAUCCAACAAUUGAUGCCAAAAUUAAGCACUGAACUAAAUACAGCCGAAAUCUUCAAGGAUGUGAAGCUCGUACUCAAUAAAGUCAACGAAAUGAAGGCGCAACGUGCCCAAUUUCAUGCCGAUCUUCGAAUAGCCAUAAAUGAAGAUGACAUAACAGCCAAAGUUAUAGCCCAUGGUGGCCAGGAGGGUCUUCAGGCCCUGUUUUCCUCCGAGCUUGCGAAACAUGAAAGGAUCACACAGUUGCUGGAUCAAAAUAUGCUGGCCCAGCAAAAUAUCCUCCAGGCCCUUACCGAAAACUAUGCCAAAGCUGCUCCGGUUCUAAAAACGCUUCAAGAUGUCAAACAAAAACGAGAGCAUUUCUACAGUUCCUUGGCUGCUUCCUACGAUGUCUAUGAAGAUUUGCUCGCUAAGUCUGCUAAGGGUCUCGAGUUCUACAAAAAGUUGGCGGGCAAUGUGCAGAAGCUCCUCUCACGCUUCAAGUCCGCUAGAGACGUUCAGUCCGAAGAACGUCAGCAAAGAAUGGAGAGUGUUAAAGGACCUGCUCCAGCUGCGUCUACCAAAACAGAUAUUCCCGUUCCUCUAUGCACUAACGCAAGUACAGUACCAAAACUGCGAGACUAUUUAAAGGGAAAGGCAGGUGGAGCCAAUCUAGAUCCGAAUCCCUCAUCCUAUUUGAACACUGUGCGGCCUGUGCCUGUUGGCUCUGAAAAUCCAACGCAGGCCGCUUGUUCGGCCUAUGCCACAGCGCCUCCGCCCAAUGAGCCUCCACCGCCGUAUUCACUCCAGCAGCAGCAAUACUAUGAUCCUAGUGCUGCCGGCUACACAAAUCCCAUGUAUCAACAACAGCAACAGCACGUAGCUCCUCCAGCUUACAAGGCGCAGCCAUCGCCCAAUUCGCAGACCUUGCAUGGCGCAAUAGAGCAGCUGAGUAUACAGUCUCAAGAUACGGCCCAAUUACCAUUGGGUGGCCCUAGCUACAACUACAACUAUAGCAAUCCGAUUUCAGUGGAAACCACAUCUGCUGCUCCGUUGGCAUAUAACUAUCAGCAGCCGUUGUAUGUAGCAACAACAAACAAUCAGCAGCCUGCAGACGUAACAUCCUCUCUACAGGCACCUUAUGGGGUCAACUCUUAUCAGCUGUCGGGAUAUCAGCCACAGGGUUACCCUCAGUCAAGCCAGAUCUACACUCAAGUUGGAGCUGCAAAUGUAUCGAUGUUUUCGCAAGCGGCUUGUUAUCCUCAUAGCCAACAGUCAUCUGUAGGCUUCUCUCAAUCGCAGGCAGCAGCGACAGCUUAUGCCUCACAGCAACCUGCGCUAUAUUCUUCGCAAAGCGGCCAAGUUUCUCAACCGAAUCCCGGUGACGCUGUUCCACCCAAUGCCACGCAAUCUUUUCAAUAUCCGCAGCCAAGCAAUGAUGUCCAGCAUGCUGCGGCUGUACCUGUCGCUCCGGCCGCCAUUCCUCCUCCUUCGAUCGUUUCACCCCAUUCCAUUUCAUCUCUUCCCGCAUCGAAUUCUGUGCCCUCCAUAGCACCUACAUCCUAUCACACAACGACGCCCACUCUUUCAGUUACUGCACCCAUUUCGAAUGCCACUGCCGGUAUCCUUGCCUCAAAUCCUGUUGCUACCAAUGGUCCCAAGUUCAUCAGCUACUCCAACCAUCCCGGAUAUGGCUUUAAUCCUCAAACGGGCAUCUAUGACUAUAGCAGCGGUUAUCAGCAGGAAGUUAGCUACGCACUGCACGGACACUAUGGUUAUCAAUUCACCCAAAGUGGUGAACAGAACGUGGGUACCACUGACUCAGAGAAUGCCAAUCGCAGUAACGUGGCCACAGGAUUUGAUUCUCCCAUUGUUUCCCACACUAAGGCAGCAGUCACUAUGAACGAGACAUCGCCCCCGGACACUGAUAAAUCUAAGGGACAGACAUAUUACACGGCUCCAUAUGGCUAUCACUCCACUGCAUCUGCAGAUCCCUCUGAAAUUAUACAGCAACCAAUAGCUCCUGCUCCGUCAACUCCCACACCAUCUUCUAGCUCUAUUUACAUGCAAAGUGGAGGAUGCAGCAUCGCCAACACUAACACAACCACAAGCAGCGCUUAUGCCUCUUUGACGGCGUCAAAGCAACCCAAAAACACUCAAGAAACAGCUGCUCGUAGGAGCCCAAGUAAUGUGGAUCUGCUGAGUGACUUAGAUUUGGACACAAGUGUUUCUGUACCGCCGCCGUUGAUGCCGCAGCCCGUUCUUCAUCCUCAGGUGGUGCUAACAGCCACGCAGCCAGCAAGCCAGGAGUUGACCAAAACCCAGUUGGAGUUGCCAGCUCUUGUGUCGCCAGACGUGGCAACAGCUACUGGGGCCCCCGCCAGAAGACCCAGUAUGGACAAUCUUUCCAAUUGUUCGGAUCUCAGCUCCUUAGAGAAUUUCGAUUGGGAUUCAGUUUCUCUAUCGGCACAAUCACAGGCCAGCAAUGAUCAUCACCAUCAUCCGUUACCUACAUUCCAAGUGGUCUUUCAGGAUCCAUUCAAGGAUAAUAAAAUCCUCAAAUAUUUUCACAAAGAAGUAGAGAGCUUUGAAAAGAUGGUUGAGAACUUGCACAUUAAAAUGUUAAAUGGCAAUACUCAACUGAAAGCGAAAUGGCAAGAACUGCAGCAGAAACUAGAUAUGCCAGCAAAUGCAAAGAGAUCGACAACUUUAGCCAAGCUAUUUCCAGAAAAGAAUCGUUCUCUUGAUUGCUUGCCAUACGAUCAUGCCCGUGUCAAACUGGACAAACAAACGGAUGACUAUAUAAAUGCGGCAUACAUAAAGAACCUGAGUGCCGGUUGUCCCAACUUUAUCAUAGCCCAGACUCCCCAGUCUAACACUAUUAACGAUUUCUGGUCGAUGGUUUGGUCGGAGAAGGCUCGUACUGUAAUUUGCUUACAUACAACCAAUGAGUUGCUUGAUCCAUACUGGCCUCAAGCUUUGAAUCGUCCCACACACUAUGACGAUUUCACAGUGACUUGUGUAAAAAUACAACAGCUGAGCAACAGUUCCGAGUACCAGCUAAAAUUAUCAAUGCAUGGAGCCGACCCUAUUCUAGACUUGUCACUUCUACAACUCAAGCAAUGGACCAAGGGUUCGAACACUCACGUGUUGGAUAUAGCUCAAAAUGCUCUGGAAACACAUCAGCAACGUUGUUCGGCUUCGGAAUCACACAACUCGCCGCUUGUUAUGAACUGCUUAACGGGAUCAGAGCGAUCCGAGAUAGUGGCAAUUGGUAUUUGUGCCCUUAUGGCAACACAAUCCAAGCGUCCUAUUUUACUUAAUGUGGUCGAUGUUUGGUCCCGCAUCUGUUCGCAGCGUCAAAAUUCCCUACGUGAUUCGGCAGUCAUUGAGCAGUCCAUGCAACUAGUUUUGUGUCAUGCCCACAAUGUCCUCAAUAAACGCGGCAUUAUGACUUCGUAUCAAAUGAAAAUGGCUCCUCUGGUGACAGCUAAGGAACAACCACAGACUAAAGAUCCGCUAAAUGAUUUGGAUGCUUUGUGGAAGCUAAAGUAAAAUUGUAUUUACCUUGAAACAAUAGAA